CUAACUGGCAGCUGUACGACUUUAUUUAGUUUUUAAUAAAAAAAAGAUAAGAAGUUUCCAUUUGUUAGUCUUAAGCUUUCCCUUUGGGUUCUCACACCAAUUGUUCUUCGUCCUCCGCGACUCGUAACGCUCUCCAUUCAUCUCUCCGGACAUUUUUAAUUUGAUGGGAACAUCAUCAGGAUCCAACCUCCCACACCAAAUGCUACCACCACGCCAGCAGCAGCAGCAGCUCCAAACCGUUCUCUCCCUCGCAUCCUCAGAUCCACCCCACCUCUCACGCUCCAGCUCCGGCAUCAUCGUCCGCGAAUCACCAGCCGAGAGCGCCAGCUCUCAAGAGACCUGGCCGACCUCAAACCCCAUCAUCAUGCCGAAGAAGACAGAGAGCAGCGGGAAGUCAGUCACAGUCGCCGACAAGGUGUCUCUACUCGACAUAGCUAGAGAGAGAGUGGAGCUAGUCUCCGAGAGGAUGCAACGUCUACCAGAAGUGUAUCUCGAGGAGUUGAAGAACGGGCUCAAAGCUAUCCUCGAUGGAAACGGUUCUCAGCCCGGCGAAGAGUUUAUGUUCCUGCAGAAUAUCGUUCAGACGCGUUCGGAUCUGACUUCGAAGACGCUCGUGAGGGCUCACAGAGUGCAGCUGGUGAUCCUCGUGGUGAUAAAGACUAAAAUCCAAACGUUCUUGCAUCCGAACAUGAACCUCUCUCAGACCAAUCUCAUCGAGAUCUUCUUGUACAGACGAUGCAGAAACUUAGGUUGCCAAAACGAGCUCCCCGCCGACGACUGCUCCUGCGAGAUGUGUGCCACUAGGAAAGGCUUCUGCAACCUCUGCAUGUGUGUGAUCUGCAGCAAGUUCGACUUUGCUGUCGACACGUGCCGCUGGAUCGGAUGCGACGUGUGUUCUCACUGGACGCAUACGGACUGUGCCAUCAGGGAGGGAGAGAUCUCGAUGGGAGUCUCGGCUAAGAGUGUAGCUGGGAUGGGGGAGAUGCUGUUCAAGUGCCGAGCCUGCAACCGUACUUCUGAGCUGCUCGGUUGGGUUAAAGACGUGUUUCACCACUGUGUGCCGAACUGGGACAGGGAAGCUUUGGUGAAGGAGCUUGAUUUCGUGAGGAGGAUAUUCCGUGGGAGUGAAGAUACCAGAGGGAGGAAACUGUUUUGGAAGUGUGAGGAGAUUAUUGAUAAGAUUAAAGGUGGCUUGGCUGAAGCAACAGCUGCCAAGUUGAUACUCAUGUUCUUCCAAGAAAUUGAGUUGGACUCGCCAAAGAGCCUUGAGAACGGAGAAGGUGGAGGGAUGAUAGCACCUCAAGACGCGUGCAACCGAAUCGCCGAAGUUGUGAAGGAGACACUGAGGAAGAUGGAGAUAGUGGGGGAGGAGAAGACGAGGAUGUACAAGAAAGCGAGGAUGGGGCUCGAGGAAUGCGAGAGAGAGAUGGAGGAGAAAGCUAAAGAAGUAGCGGAGCUGAAGAUGGAGAGGCAGAAGAAGAAACAGCAGAUAGAGGAAGUGGAGAGGAUCGUGAGGCUGAAACAAGCCGAGGCGGAGAUGUUUCAGCUGAAAGCGAACGAGGCGAAAAUGGAAGCGGAGAGGCUGGAGAGGAUCGUGAAGGCGAAGAAGGAGAGGACUGAGGAGGAGUAUGCGAGUAACUACUUGAAACAGAGGCUGAGCGAGGCGGAGGCAGAGAAAGAGUAUCUGUUUCAGAAGUUGAAAGAGCAAGAAAAAAGUGGUGGAAAUGGUGGUGGUGGUGGUGGUGGUGGUGGUGAGGCGUCACAGUCAGUGAUGUACUCAAAUAUCAGAGAGAUGCUGAGUGGAUACAGUGCACCGUCGCCAAGAGUUGAUCCAAGAUCAAACCAGAGAAACCAUUUUGGAUCCAAUCCUUGAAGUGUUUGUAUUCAUGUUCCAGCUUUGAAUCAAUUACUGUUGGAUUUGCUUUGUUAACUGUGAAGUCUUGUAGUCGUUGUAAUUGCAUUAAUGUUUAAUAACUGGUAACUUUUGUUAACUACAUUGACUCCCUCUGUUUUUCUAUUAUUUGUCAAGACUCCCUCUA